AUGCAUCAGGGAUUGCCAGGAGAACAUGGUAUCCCAGGGAAACAAGGCAUUAAAGGAGAGAAGGGAGAUUCUGGCGGAAGGCUAGGCCCUCCUGGACUUCCAGGUCCAAAGGGUGAUGCUGGGCCUCCAGGGAAAAGCCUGACAGGAAAACCAGGAUUAGAUGGAAAUCCUGGAGCGCCUGGUCCACGUGGACCAAAGGGUGAAAGGGGAUUGCCGGGUAUCCAUGGCUCCCCAGGGGACACAGGCCCACCAGGGGUAGGAAUUCCUGGCAAGACAGGCUUCCAAGGACCAGCAGGAGAGCCAGGUAUUCAGGGUCCUCGAGGUCUGCCCGGAUUGCCAGGAACUCCAGGGAUCCCAGGGAAUGAUGGAGCUCCAGGGAGAGAUGGAAAGCCAGGCCUUCCAGGCCCCCCAGGUGACCCGAUUGCACUUCCUCUCUUGGGAGACAUUGGCGCCUUGCUGAAGAACUUCUGUGGCAACUGCCAAGCCCAUGUCCCUGGGCUGAAAAGCAACAAAGGGGAUGAAGGGGACACUGGGGAACCUGGAAAAUACGAUUCUGCAGCCAGGAAGGGGGACAUAGGGCCACGGGGUCCUCCAGGAGUCCCAGGCAGAGAGGGGCCAAAGGGAAGCAAAGGAGAGCGAGGCUACCCUGGAGUGCAUGGGGAGAAAGGCGAUGAGGGUCUUCAAGGAAUUCCUGGCCUCUCUGGAGCUCCUGGCCCAGCUGGACCCCCUGGCUUAACAGGAAGAACUGGACACCCUGGUCCCACUGGAGCAAAAGGUGACAAGGGCAGCGAGGGACCCCCUGGGAAACCUGGACCUCCUGGGCCUCCUGGUGUCCCACUCAAUGAAGGAAACGGCAUGAGCAGUUUAUACAAAAUCCAGGGAGGAGUGAAUGUUCCCAGUUACCCAGGUCCCCCGGGCCCUCCUGGCCCAAAAGGUGAUCCUGGCCCAGUGGGAGAGCCUGGUGCAAUGGGCUUGCCAGGUCUGGAAGGAUUUCCUGGUGUAAAGGGAGAUCGAGGCCCUGCAGGUCCCCCAGGAAUUGCUGGCAUGUCGGGGAAACCUGGUGCCCCAGGCCCUCCAGGAGUUCCAGGGGAGCCGGGUGAGAGAGGACCUGUUGGAGAUACAGGUUUUCCUGGACCAGAGGGACCCUCGGGGAAGCCAGUAAGUGCUUAUUAGCCAACAACUGCUAUUCUAAGAAAUGUUCUAAG